GGAAGGCCCAAUAUGAGGGCGCGAGUGAGAGACUGAGAGUUGUGCGAGCGAAGCCUGAGUUGGGUAGUGAGUCGCCGUCCGCCUCCACCUCCCACUCCCUCUCUGGUGGCUCGCAUUUCUUCACCUUCCGCGGUGGAUCUUUUUCAUUUUUCUCCUCCGCCGACAUGGUGAUCUCUUCUCUUGGUUGAGAAGCCGCCGCCGCCGGAGAUCUUCUCCUUGCCACGCCGGAGGCUUCCUUUUAUCUCGCUCGCUCAAUCGACAGUAACUACUGUGUUGUUCCUCUGUGACGGGGCUAGGGUUUCAGUUUUAUGGCUUCGGAGGAUGUUGUCCAGAGCAAGGAAUCUGCUGUGUCGACGAUUGUGAAUUUGGCUGAGGAGGCGAAGCUCGCCAGCGAAGGAGUGAAGGCGCCCAGCCACGCCAUUCUCAGCAUUUGCAAAUCGCUUGUCGCGGGGGGCGUAGCUGGCGGAGUGUCACGAACUGCUGUUGCACCUUUGGAGCGUUUAAAAAUUCUGCUCCAGGUACAAAAUCCGCACAACAUAAAGUACAAUGGCACCAUUCAAGGGUUGAAAUACAUAUGGCAGACAGAAGGUUUCCGAGGGCUAUUUAAAGGAAAUGGAACCAAUUGUGCACGCAUAGUGCCAAACUCUGCUGUUAAGUUCUUCAGCUAUGAGCAGGCAUCUAGUGGAAUUUUAUGGUUUUACCGGCAACAGUCUGGCAAUGAGGAUGCACAGCUCACUCCAGUUUUGCGUCUUGGGGCUGGAGCAUGUGCAGGCAUUAUUGCAAUGUCUGCAACUUAUCCCAUGGACAUGGUUCGCGGAAGGCUGACUGUUCAGACGGAUAAGUCUCCAUACCAGUAUAGGGGAAUGUUUCAUGCAUUGUCAACUAUCCUACGUGAAGAAGGUUUUCGAGCUCUAUACAAGGGGUGGCUUCCUUCUGUCAUUGGAGUGGUUCCUUACGUUGGACUAAACUUUUCUGUAUACGAGUCUUUGAAGGACUGGUUAAUCAAAACAAGACCUUUUGGGCUUGUUGAGGACAAUGAACUAGGUGUGACUACAAGGCUUGCCUGUGGAGCUGUAGCUGGAACAAUUGGACAAACAGUUGCAUACCCACUGGAUGUCAUUCGUAGAAGAAUGCAGAUGGUAGGCUGGAGCCAUGCAGCAUCAAUUGUUACAGGGGAUGGGAGACGCACGGCUGCUCCGGAGUAUAAUGGCAUGGUUGAUGCAUUUAGGAAAACAGUUCGCAAUGAAGGUUUUGGGGCUUUAUACAAGGGUCUAGUUCCUAACUCUGUGAAGGUUGUGCCAUCUAUUGCUAUUGCAUUUGUGACAUAUGAGAUAGUUAAAGAUGUUUUAGGAGUUGAGAUGAGAAUAUCUGACUGAGGUUGCCAUGACCGAGGGCGCAGUUGAGGGCUCAGAUGUGAUUUUUGUAGGCAUCAAAGACCAGAGGAAGAUAAUAUCUUAUAAUGCAUAUUGGUUGCUGAUUGUGCCUGAAAAAACACACACUUUAGUAGGACUAAGCAGUCUGUUUUCUUCAUUCUUAUGCAGUCAAUAAAGCAUUAUAAAGGGGGUAAUGGAGGAAGUUACUUCAGCAUUCAAGCCGUAACUCUUCUAUGUGAUCUGUUGUAGCAUUUUCUCUUUGUUUGGUUUCUUUGAAGGUAUCAUCUUAUUUUUGGGUUUC